CAGUUGCCAAUGCAUGUCGAGCUUCCACCCGAACUAUGCGAGUCUGUCGUCAAUCACAUCCCCGCCGACGAUAUCGCCACCAUCCGCAGCUGCUUGCUCGUCUCCCGGGCAUACUGCGAUGCAUCUGAACGGCGCCUAUUCGCCCACGUUCGUCUUGGCGAGGCCGCGCGUCCCUACUCUAGGAUCGCAGAACUCUUCGCGGCCCGGCCCCACCUGGCCGCAUACGUCACCAGCAUGCGGCUCGAGCUUCCCGACGACGAGGACCGGUGGCGCGAGGAGAAACCCAUCGCUGAGUCGGUUUUUCGGCCGCUGAGGAAUAUCGCGCAACUGGAUAUAGACGGCGGGAUGCCAGUCCAACCCGAAUCCCCGCUUGUCGGCUUGAGAAUACGGGCCCUAGGAUGGAUGCUGGGCGUCCUUGAAGCGCAUGGGACUCUGCAGCACAUCAUGCUCUGGCAUGUCUCCCUCACAAAAUCACUAUUCCAUCGCGUCAUCUCGGUUGUGCCAUCCCUCAACCUUCACGGUGCAGGCCUCAUUGAUGAACCCGAGUUUGAGAUGUUCCCCGGCACGCCUACUCCCGUCCCCCAGAAGUCUAUUGAGCAUUUGGAGAAUGACUCGAGCAUAAAGCUGUAUGAUCUGCUGCUCCGCCCAGAGUACGAGCAAUGUGUGGCAGGCCUGCGCAGCUGGACGCAUCGCCGUUUCAUCGAGCCGGAAGAACUCCGGCCCUGCUUUCUCUCUGCCGCAACGUUGGAAUACCUAGAGCUCCGCCUGGCUAGCGAUUGGAUAUGUCACAUUGCAAUGGUACACGCCCUCCGGCUCCCGUCCAGCAUGCCGGCCUUGGUCCAGCUGGUCCUCCGGAUCAACCCGUGCACCCCGCCGCCAUGCGUCAUCGAGCUGCUGUCCAGCAACGGUGCCCCCGCGCUGGCCGUGCUGCUGUUUCGCUUCACCGAGCCGCCCCUGGUCGACCCUGAGGAUGCGCGGUACUCGUUUGACCCCGAGACGUUUGCGGCGCUCGACGACGCGGUCGUGGCCCACCCGAGCCUCCGCGCGGUGGAGUGGCGGCUCCUGUUCCGCCGGUGGGACAUGAAGCGCGUCCGGCCCGGGCCCCACCUCAGCCCGCCGGUGCAGUUUUUGAUCAACGCAUUGCAUGCUUAUCUCCCACAGGCAUGUCGGAAGGAGAUCGUGCGCCUGAGCGAUGACUUUUUGAAGAUGUUUGAAUAA